UUGAUAUUUGAAAGAACGUCUUGAAAAACACUAACGAAGGAUCCACAGUGCAAUGUCUAGCACGCCAAGGCCAUCCUCCUCCUUCAGUGCUCGAACUAUCGUAUCACAUCGUCACGAUGGAGAUACUGCUUCAACAUCCCAAGGGCAGAGCAUACAGCGUACUCUAAGCCGAGCUACUACCCGUCCGCCGACGAGGGCUCGCUCUCGAGCUGCAUCAUCCAUCGGCGGCGGGUUGUCACAGCACAUAGUGUGUGCUGUGAGUGAAAGCCGAGGGGUAUCUCCUACUGUCGGACUGGCAUUUGUGAAUGUAUCCACUGGGGAAGCCGUGAUGAGCCAAAUAUGUGACAACCAAUUCUAUGUAAGGACCGUAUUGAAGCUUCAGGUGUUUGAGCCUACCGAAAUUCUCCUGGUGUCUACUUCUGGUCCGAACCAAAAGUCAAAGAUGUACUCUUUGAUUGAAGAGGAGGUCAUUGGUUCCAAGAUUGUCUGCGUUGAUCGUAGAUAUUGGUCUGAACCCGCCGGGAUGGAUUUCAUUCAACAACUGGCCUUUCCGGAGGAUGUCGAGGCCAUCAAGGUUGCCACUGGAGGCAAUUUCUAUGCCACAUGUUGUCUCGCAGCGGUAUGCGAGCCAUGAUUUCGAAAUAUGAGGAAGUAUGCAUUCUGAUCUGUGGUCUCUUUCUAGUCACUACGAUAUAUGGAACAUUCUCUUUCUCUUACAUUUGCCUCUCAUUCUCUUCGAAUCAAGUAUCAGCCAUCUGAGG